AUGCAAACAACGUUUCUACAUUGUCGAGUACGAGAUAACGCAAUGGAGGUUUCUGACAGCUCAAAAGUGCUAUUCAUUCGCAUGGUUUUGUUUUCAAUCUAUGUUUUGGCUGGAGCUGCCGUUUUUCAAGCAAUUGAAAGCCAGGAACAACUCCAAGAGAUAAGAAGCCAUCGAGACACGAGGAAAGAAAUUUUGCAGAAAUACAACAUCACUGCAAUCGAUGCCGACCGAUGGAUGGAAACGUUUCCGUCGACUGUCCUGGGAAAUGAGGGUUUUCUGGAAUGGAAUUUUGGAAAUUCUUUCCUUUUCGCGAUGGUAGUACUAACUACAAUAGGUAAGAUUACCGAUUGUCUCAUUUUAUAAGGAAAAUUCACACCUAUUGUCAGCUUUCACACAAGUUUUCAUGUCAAUGACAUGUUUUCACAUGCAGUUUUGAAUUUUUAACGAUUUCGACUCUCAAUAUCCGAGUCAAUUGUACUGACCGCGAUGGCGCCACUGAUAUCUUUCAGUACCUUCGUGCUAAUGAGCUUCUCGCGAACCUUAAACAACAUUAGGAUUGUAAUGUAUUGUAACAGAGAAAAUAAUGCCAGCGUUAAGUAGAAAAUGAUAAGUAUUAUCGGAAACAUUCCGAGUAAAUCGGAUGAAUCGAAUGGGUUAAGACAAUAAUCACCUUUAUCCUCUCGAAAGUUUCCCCGAAGAAACUUCUGUUUAAGAAAUUAUUUUCCCGUGGGCACCAGCUAAACUGGAAGCCAUCUCCAUGAUCAGUAGUCCAAUUUAUCAGCAGAUUCGAAGAUAUUGGCUUUAAAAGGGCAUUCUAAAAAAUUUCCGCCCAGGCGUUGGCGUUACGGGAAUACUUAAAAAAUUGGAACAAUUUUGUCAGAUGUAAAUGUUAUGAAAUUUUUCAUAACACUCAAAAGGAGGUAUUUUUUUACCUGAGUAAACCUGGUCUUUACUCUUGUAAAGAAAAAGUCAACAGCACUCAGUCCACAGACAUCAUUUUGAAAGCUUCACCUUUUGUUUGUUCCAUCAAAUUUUCAUUCAAAAGAAUUCACACAAAACUACACAAUUAGAGAUUCAUGCAUAAGUGAUUUCGAUAAAAAACAAAAUAAGUCUACUCAAUCUUAGCUGCGUUUACUUCUCUCCUAUUCAGAAAGAGCGUACCAAAGAAGGAAAAAACUGCGAAUCGUUAUGCAAUUCGUUUUUCAAACAAAAAACGCUUUCAGUUUUCUUCGUCGAAUUGCCUGAGCCUGGAAAUGUAACCUUUCUUUUUUUUGAGGGCGAUGAAAAAAUUAUGAGCACGGAAACAUUUUAUGAUGAAAGUCAUAAUUGAACCUCAAGUUUCUUUAGAAGUGUAUUAUUUUCUUUUCUCAUGAAUUUUAAUCUUUAUUUUAUAUCAAUUUAUGCGACUUUAAGAUUCAAACUUUUUUAUCAUUGGUUGAUUUUGAAAGCAUUUACAUCGAUAUUUUUCUUUACAAUACAAGACACUCGUCUAAAUCACACUUAAAUUAGCUGUGCAAAAAAGGUUUUGACAGCACGAACUCAGAGGUAAUGCAAAAUUAAUGCCCACUAUAAUUGAUCUCAGCAAGUUAAAAAGCAGUCUACCGUACUUAAUGUAAAAGUCUGUGGAUAUUCCUCGAGUCAGCGCAAGGAUUCUUUCAACAAACCAUCUCUUCAACUGCAUCCUGUCCCCGAGCUGCCCUCCUGUCCGCGAAAGACUGGGGAAUCGGGAUGAGGAGCAGUAGGCAACCGUAGAAUUUAUUGUGGAAGAUUUUGUUUUUGCCAUUAUUUUGAAAAUGUCGUCCUUGUGUAGCAGACAUUCUUCAAAUAAAAGAAUUAAUAGAAAAGUUAUAGCCACCUUUAAAGCAUAAUAAACAGUUCUAAGUAAAUUUAUUGCUCAAUAGUUUCAAUUUAAAUUUUCACACACCAGGUUUUCACCCACAAAUGUAACAAUUAAAAUCACACAUCCAGCAGAUGUUUCAACAAAAGCCGGUUACCAGGCUCUGGGCGAGCAGACUCCCGUGUUUAGGUUUGGCAAAGCCGCCUAAUAUACCAUUGGCGACCACUUAUGGAGAAAAAAGUUAUUGAAACCAGUGACCUUACGCUUGUCAAACAUAAAAAACAGAACAGAACCAUAUCAAAUUACUACUCAAUAGCUUUUAUAUGAAUAGUCAAACUCUAGAGUUCCAUUUACAGACUUAAAGGCUAGAACCACCAGACUUAAUUAGCAAUCGAUAAUCUUACCACGGUAAAUGAUUUGAACCAGUGGGUAACAUGUGAUGGUGUAGUCUGAUCGUCAGUCCAGGUGAGCGUAGUCCUGAGAAGGACUGUUUAUACGAACCAGACUUAGAAUAUUCGACUAACAACAACUUUUCACUUGACUCUGAUAAUGACUUCCGCUCGGGUUGUCGAAACGUCAGUCACCACUACCAGCAACAGCCCUUCUCGGGAUGACACUCACCUGGAUGAUCAGACUACACUAUCACAAUCAACGAUCUUGCAGCUUAAUAAUUACAACAUUCAUUUGAAUCGAUCGUCACACUUAAAGGAUUGAUGAAUAGACUACAGCGACCGUAAAAUGCUCUUUUUGUAAUCUUUAAAAAUAGUAACGCGGAAAAGAGGAUGUUACUAUUUAAAUGAUAUUACUACAUCUACACGAGAGACGCCUACCAGAAAAUGAUUGAGGGAGAACUUUUCAUGUAUUGAUUUUCUCAGCAUUAAUUAAAGUGUUAAUUACCGAUCAUUAUCUAUCGCCUAGGGGCUCAGAUGACUUUGGUUAAGUCGCAAUAAAAUUUACCUGAUCCCCCCCCCAUAAGGCUCUGUAAAAUUUUAAUUUCCCCCCCUCAUUGGUAGAAAAUGUGCUUUAGUACCCCCUGAAAUGUUUGUUGGCGACGAUUGAUCCCUACUUCCCAAUCCGUUACCCGUAUACUAUGUGAUCCCCCAAAAUUUUCCGACCCCCCAACCCCCCUCCCCCGGGCAAUAAAAAAUGACCGGCCCCUAGAGUGUUUUUUUCUUUACUUAGGCUACGGUAACAUUGUACCCAAGACAGUGCAAGGUCGUCUAUUUUGUGUCGUCUACGCUUUAUUCGGAAUCCCUGGGACGUGUUUAACUCUCAAAGCCGUCGGAGACAAGAUCGCGGAAAUAUUCACAAGACUCGUUACAACCUUUGAGCAACGUCUUCUAAAACGACCACACCCUCGACAUGUUGAGCUGAAAGUAGCGUCCAUGACAAUUUUUUUAACCGUUAUUCUCCUGUUACCACUGAUGUCUCUUAUAGUGAAAGUGAGACAUCAGGAAUGGACUUUCAUCGAUAGUUUUUAUUUCACGUUUAUAACGCUGAGUACGAUUGGAUUUGGGGAUCUUUUGCCGCAGUUUAACAAGGAUGCCGACUACAUUCUUGUGCUCCUAGCGUUUGUGGGUCUUGCCUUCGUCUCUAGCAUUUUCUGUUCAAUGAACACAGUUCUUGAGCAGUAUGGGGUGAGUGCGCGCGUGGUGCAGUCUUUGCGCGAGAAACGCAGAGACGAGGAAAUGUCCACCGUGGACGAAGGCGCAGAUUUAGACAAGAAGGAUAAAUCUCUGUGCGAUUCAAAUGGCUUCAAAGAUGGCGCUGUAAUGGGGAACGACAAGCAUGUUCUUCAAAACGAUAAUACCGAGAACGAAGAAAAUGGUGACUUGGAAUUAAAACCGCUUUCUAAUCGAAAUAGUUUGAUCGUAGAUGAGGAGGGCAAAAUGGCAAAUCGACGAAAAAGAGGAAGUACCGUCAGUUUAGGAAUAUUCCAAUGCUAA